UUGACGUUAGUAAAUCAAUAGAUGUAGAUCUGAAAAAAUAUUUACACAAUUUUUUUUUUUAAUUUAUCGGUUUUAAAACAUUGGUGAGUGUUAGUGGGAGUGCAAAACGUGGCUUGCUUGGUGAGUGAAGUUGAGUUGACGAUUGGGUGGUUUGGCGUGUCUCUGAUUCUUGUUGACGCUGGUUGAAGCCGAUACACGAUUUCUGCACUUGGAAGCUUUUGUGUCUUGGAACUCAAGUAUCUUAGUGUUUAAGCGGAUAUCAUAAAUCUCUGUUAUUCUGCUACUUUUAUUUACAGCAACAGAGGAAGAGACAUAGGUGUUGUGUAGUGAGGUUGAAUGAGCUAAGGCUAAGUUGAAUAGAUGGAGAGCUAUCUGAAUGAGAAUUUUGGGGAUGUGAAGGCCAAAAACUCAUCGGAAGAAGCGCUUCAGAGAUGGAGGAAGCUCUGUUGGCUCGUUAAGAACCGCAAAAGGAGGUUUCGCUUCACAGCUAAUCUCUCCAAGCGAUUUGAAGCUGAGGCUAUUAGACGCUCCAAUCAGGAGAAAUUCAGAGUUGCAGUGUUGGUUUCACAAGCUGCACUUCAGUUUAUCCAUGGUUUAAAUUUGUCAAGUGAGUACACUGUACCCGAAGAAGUUAAAGCUGCAGGUUUUGAAAUUUGUGCUGAUGAGCUAGCAUCAAUUGUUGAGGGACGUGAUGUGAAGAAGUUGAAAAUUCAUGGUGGGGUUGAGGGGAUCACAAACAAACUCAACACCUCAGUCGAUGAUGGGAUUUCAACUUCCGAGCACUUGCUGAAUCAGAGAAAAGAAAUCUAUGGAAUUAAUAAAUUCACUGAAAGCCCUGUCCGGGGAUUUUGGGUCUUUGUAUGGGAAGCCCUUCAAGAUACAACCCUCAUGAUACUUGCUGUCUGUGCCUUGGUCUCUUUGGUAGUUGGCAUGAUAAUGGAAGGGUGGCCCAAGGGUGCACAGGAUGGAAUUGGUAUUGUUGCAAGCAUAUUGCUUGUAGUGUUCGUCACUGCCACAAGUGAUUACAGACAAUCACUGCAGUUUAAGGAUCUAGAUAGAGAGAAGAAAAAAAUUACAGUUCAGGUCACUAGAAAUGGCUGUAGACAGAAGAUUUCAAUAUAUGAUCUGCUUCCUGGUGAUAUUGUUCAUCUUAAUAUUGGAGAUCAAGUCCCUGCUGAUGGGCUUUUUGUGUCUGGUUUCUCUGUGUUAAUAAAUGAAUCAAGUUUGACGGGAGAAAGUGAACCAGUGAAUGUCAGUGACCUUAAUCCUUUUCUUCUGUCUGGAACCAAAGUUCAGGAUGGAUCAUGCAAGAUGCUUGUUACUACUGUUGGAAUGAGGACGCAGUGGGGUAAACUAAUGGCUACUCUAAGUGAAGGGGGAGAUGAUGAAACACCCUUGCAGGUAAAGCUCAACGGUGUUGCUACCAUUAUUGGGAAAAUAGGCCUCUUUUUUGCAGUAGUGACUUUUUCUGUGUUGGUCCAAGGGCUAUUUAGCCGCAAGCUGCGAGAAGGAUCCCAGUGGAUGUGGUCUGGUGAUGAUGCUAUGGAAAUCGUAGAAUUCUUUGCUAUUGCUGUUACUAUUGUUGUUGUUGCUGUUCCGGAAGGUUUACCUUUAGCUGUAACAUUGAGCCUUGCUUUUGCCAUGAAAAAGAUGAUGAAUGAUAAGGCCCUUGUCCGUCACUUGGCUGCUUGUGAGACAAUGGGAUCAGCCACUACUAUCUGCAGUGACAAGACCGGCACACUAACUACUAACCACAUGACUGUUGUAAAAGCUUGCAUAUGUGGGACGAUUAAAGAAGUAAAAAGUUCUCUGGUCUAUUCUGAUUUCUUAUGUGAUAUCCCUGAUUCUGCUUUGGCAAUUCUACUUGAAUCAAUAUUUAACAACACUGGAGGAGAAGUUGUCAAAAACAAAGAUGAGAAGAUUGAGAUUCUGGGAUCACCAACUGAGACCGCACUCUUAGAAUUUGGGCUGUCACUUGGUGGUGAUUUUCACAAAGAACGACAAGUGUCAAAACUUGUGAAAGUUGAACCUUUUAAUUCUAUAAAGAAGCGCAUGGGGGUGGUUCUACAGCUCCCUGAUGGUGUUUUCCGAGCACACUGCAAAGGUGCCUCUGAAAUUAUUCUAGAUGCAUGUGACAAAUUUCUAGACUCAAGUGGUGAGGUUGUUCCCCUCGAUAAAGACUCCAUCAGCCACUUGAAGGAUACAAUUGAAAAUUUUGCUGGUGAAGCUCUCCGAACACUUUGCCUUGCUUACAUGGAUAUUCAUGAUGAAUUUUCUGUUGAAAAUACUAUUCCUAUUAAGGGUUACACUUGUAUAGGAAUUGUGGGUAUUAAAGAUCCAGUUCGUCCUGGUGUUCGAGAGUCUGUCGCCAUUUGCAGGUCAGCUGGUAUUGCUGUUAGGAUGGUUACUGGAGACAACAUUAAUACUGCAAAGGCUAUUGCUAGAGAAUGUGGAAUUUUAACGGACGGUAUAGCAAUUGAAGGCCCCGAGUUUCGUGAGAAGAGUGAAGAGGAAUUGCUUGAUAUCAUUCCAAAAAUUCAGGUAAUGGCUCGAUCUUCACCCAUGGAUAAGCAUACCCUGGUGAAACACUUGAGGACAACAUUUGAAGAGGUUGUUUCAGUUACCGGUGAUGGUACAAAUGAUGCUCCAGCACUUCACGAAGCAGACAUUGGACUUGCAAUGGGUAUUGCUGGAACUGAGGUAGCAAAAGAAAGUGCUGAUGUAAUAAUAUUAGAUGAUAACUUUUCCACUAUUGUGACCGUAGCCAAAUGGGGCCGCUCAGUCUACAUAAACAUACAGAAAUUUGUGCAGUUCCAGCUUACUGUAAAUAUUGUCGCUUUGAUUGUCAACUUCUCUUCUGCCUGUUUGACAGGAAAUGCUCCCCUCACUGCGGUUCAACUACUAUGGGUCAACAUGAUUAUGGACACUCUUGGAGCACUUGCACUAGCCACUGAACCUCCUACUGAUGACUUGAUGAAAAGACCGCCUGUUGGGAGGAAAGGAAACUUUAUCAGUAAUGUGAUGUGGAGAAAUAUCUUGGGGCAGUCUAUAUAUCAAUUUGUUGUAAUCUGGUUCCUCCAGACAAGAGGAAAAGUAGUUUUUCAUCUUAAUGGCCCGGAUUCUGAUCUAAUGUUGAAUACACUCAUUUUUAAUUCAUUUGUGUUCUGUCAGGUUUUCAAUGAGAUUAGUUCCAGAGAUAUGGAGAGGAUAAAUGUAUUUGAAGGUAUACUGAAGAAUUACGUGUUUGUAGCUGUCCUCACUUGCACUAUCAUCUUUCAAAUCAUAAUUGUUGAAUUCUUGGGCACCUAUGCAAACACAUCUCCUCUUAGUUUGAAGCAGUGGUUUGGUAGUGUGCUCCUUGGAGUCUUCGGCAUGCCAAUUGCAGCAGCUUUGAAGAUGAUCCCUGUGGGAUCCAUGUAAAAUAAAUUCAGACAAAUUAGGCAUUUUGGACUUCAGUUCCUUGUAUCAACUGAGGAUGUAACUACUAUAGUUACUGAUGAGCAAUUAAACUGGGGAAAUUUUUGAGGUUUGAUACCCUGGGGAGGCAUCAUCGAUGAUGGAACAUGCACUUGGAUAUUUUGUCUAAUCAAUGCCGGCAGGAUAGCUAAUUAUGAAUGUACAGGAUACUGCUUGGUAUCUGUUGUACUGAGGAAGAAAACAAUCAUCUUUUAUCUUCGAAUGUCUCAAGUUCCAACAAUAGUUUGGUUUAAAUCUGGAGUAUCCAUCUGGAAGUUUUUGAGGAUAUUUUCUUUAGUCUGUGGCUCAACUUUCUAUUAUUGUCAACUGGCAAAUAUCAAGAAAAACAGCUUUUAUCUUUUGCAUGUGGCUAUGAAAUGUAUCUGUUGGGAAGAGAAUUAUGUUUAAUAUGCAUAUAUCACAAAUUCUCAUCUUCUGGAAUUUAAGUGAAGUUCUUUCAGUUAAACAUGUACGCCAUCUCAUUGUGAUCAGAAAUUAUCUCUGGCAGGUUGGUUCCUUUGGCCGAGGGAAGUUAAUUUUGGUACUGCAGUUAGCCAGGAAUAUUCGUGGAUACCUAUUAUUUUAUUGGUGGAGAUCAGGAGGACAAUGUCAAGAAGUACAAAGUGCUUUAAUUUAAUCCUAAUGAAGCAGAGGGUAUCGAGGCAAAUUUUGGCUUCUCAGGUACUCAAUGGAUGGAAAGAUCAUUAGGUCUAUUGUUAAAGAAUUGCAUUUGCUCUAGCUCCACACUACCUUCAUUGUUCUAUCAAUUGGGCAGCUCCAGCUAGUGUAUCUGAUUUAAUCUAUUUUGCUUCGGUACUCUUAUAAUUUUCAGUGCUGAGGCCGUUGGAAUAAAAUUAUUUGGUCGUUUGAACUUUGUUGUAGGUCAAAAUUUUAAUCUAGAACUAACCUAAAGCC